AUGCAAAGUUCACUUUUCUUCAGCUUGGUCAACCAACUGACUUUGCGGGCCGCAGUCCAAGGCACCGAAGCCUCUGGCAACUCGUCCCAGGACAAAAUGGCAAGUUUACCUGCGGUGGUGGUACCGGUGGUUGUAGCUAUGUCCGAGAUGCAGUAUGCUGUCUGA